AUCUCACAAACUAAAUAUUUCCUGGAGAAAUUAAGAUUUUACAAUUUCAAUACAAAAAUAAUUCCAGGUCAGAACACUUUACAGGAUGCCUGUCCGAAACAGGAUUUAUAUGUGCCGUGUGUGACAAGUCUCCACGACAUUUGACAAUUUGAAAUAAUUAAAGACAAUUAAUAACAACAAGUGCUGAGAACUACUAACAUGUAAAUUCUGAAACUUUCAAAUCUUUGUCGAUUCCCAUUUCUUUCCUCGUUCUCGGAAACCGCAGCAGAAUUCUGGGUUUCUCUCACAUUUUCUGUUUGUUUCCCGAGAAAAACGAUUCGGCGAUGAGCAACCUGAAGCUGGGUGUUGAAGUCGUAAGCGCGCGGCUCGGACACAAAGGCAGGAAGACCGAUGAUGGGUCGUGUAACGCUUUCGUCGAACUCCAUUUCGACGAUCAGAUAGUCAAAACCUCGAUCAAAGACAACGAUCAGAAUCCGGUAUGGAACGAGACGUUCUUCUUCAACAUCUCAGAUCCUGAGAACUUAUCGAAUCUCGUCCUUGAAGCCAACGUCUACCUUAAAUCUGCAGAUUCUAAGUCAUUCCUAGGAAGGGUUCGAAUCCUCGGAACAUCGUUUGUCUCCUUCUCGGAAUCGAUUGUGUUGCAUUACCCUCUGGAGAAAUGGAGCAUCUUCUCCAACUCCGCCAAAGGAGAGCUCGGUCUCAUGGUGUUUGUCACUGAUCAUAACCCGUCUCUCAAGCCAUCGAACCCUUCACCUGCAAUGGAAUCUUCUCGCCGAAGACACAGAGUUCGAGACCCGAAGACAGAAGGGUCAGCAAAGAAGAGAAGCCCUGUAAGAAAUUCUCAGCAUCAGCAGCAGCAGCCACCGGUGGUGGAAGCUUCUAGAAAUCAGACAUCGAAUCAUGGACAAGAGGAGACAAGAUUCGCUGGUCCAAUGCCUGUAAGGUCUGUACAGAUAAAUCAGGGUUUGAACGUGCAACCACUGGAUUAUUCGAUCAAAGAAACGAGCCUGAAUCUUGGAAAGGGCAAACGGGCAAGUGCCCAUGAUCUCGUCGAGCCUAUGGAAUUCCUUUUCAUUAGAGUUGUGAGAGCUCGGGACCUUCCAGAUAUGGAUAUAACCGGCGGUCUAGAUCCAUAUGUGGAGGUAAAAGUCGGAAACUUUAAGGGGAAGACAAGGCAUUUCGAGAAGAACCAAAACCCGGAAUGGAAUGAAGUCUUUGCCUUUGCCAAGAGCAAUCUGCAGGCAAGUGUUCUUGAAGUUGUUGUCAUGGACAAAGACGUGGUGGAAGAUGAUUUUAUAGGGAUGGUUCGGUUUGUACUCAGUGAGGUUCCAAAGCAGGUUGAAUCUGACAGCCCAUUGGCGCCAGAGUGGUACAGACUCGCAGUUGAGAAUGGAGACCAGACCAAAGGGGAGAUCAUGCUUGUUGUCUGGUUCGGUACCCAAGCCGAUGAAGCUUUCCCGUACGCAAUCUAUUCAGAUGCAUUCCACGCCAUUGACAAGUCAAGUGUGCGUUCUAAAAUCUAUCAUUCUCCGAGGCUAUGGUACGCUCGUGUUACUGUCAUCGAGGCACAAGACUUAGUCGGAUUAAACAAGACACGACUUACGAACGCUUAUGUAAAGAUCCAGUUGGGAAACCAGGUUGUCCGGACAAGAUUUGCUCAAUCACAGAACUUGAAUCCAAGAUGGAACGAGGAAUUCAUGUUUGUGGUAGCUGAACCAUUCGAAGAACGUGUGAUUGUCUCAGUGGAAGAUCAUAUCACUGUUAACAAAGACGAAUCGCUUGGGCGAGUGGACAUUCCUCUUGAUUCAUUCGAUAGACGUGCUGAUGAUCAUCCCGUAUCUAGCCGCUGGUUCAGUCUUGAAAAAUCUGGUUUGUCGGCUCUGAAUGACAAGGAACAUCCUCGAAGAGUCAGAUUCGCAGCCAGGAUUAACCUGAAUAUCUGUCUUGAAGGAGGGUAUCAUGUUCUCGAUGAAUCGACUUAUCACAGCAGCGAUUUCAGGCCGACGAGUAAGCAACUGUGGAAGCCAUCGAUGGGUAUUCUUGAGCUCGGAAUUAUAAAAAUUGAAGGUAUAAAUCCGAUGAAAAUGAGAGACGAGAAAGGAACAUCCGAUGCAUACUGUGUGGCAAAGUACGGACACAAAUGGGUUAGGACAAGGACAAUCACUGACUGUCUGAACCCGAGGUUCAACGAGCAAUACACAUGGGAGGUUUACGAACCGGCUACUGUCCUGACCAUCAUCGUCUUGGAUAACAAUCAAAUCAAUGGCACAAAAAACGGCGGCGGAAGAGGAAACAAAGACGGAAAGAUGGGGAAGAUCCGCAUCAGGAUCUCCACUCUGGAAUCAGGACGAAUCUACUCGAAUUUGUAUCCACUUCUUAUCCUCAAACCUUCAGGAGUCAAGAAGAUGGGCGAGAUUCAUUUGGCAAUUCGGUUUUCUUGCACAUCGAUGUUUCAGAUGGUGUUCCGAUACUGGAAGCCUCUUCUUCCGAAGAUGCAUUACGUAAGGCCAUUGACUGUGGUGCAACAGGAAAUUCUCCGGCAACAAGCGGUUAACCUGGUGGCAGCUCGCCUCAGCCGAGCAGAGCCACCAUUGAGGAAGGAGGUGGUGGAAUACAUGUUAGAUGCGAAUUCUCACCUCUGGAGCAUGAGAAAGAGCCGAGCCAACUUUUCCAGAUUGAAAUCAGCUUACUUGGGUUUGCUCGGAACUGGAAAAUGGUUCCAAGAUAUCUGCAGCUGGAGAAAAACAGCAGUCACAGUGGCCGUACACAUUCUCUACUUGGUCUUUGUCUGCUCACCAGAGAUGAUUCUUCCAGUUAUGUUCCUCUGCUUGUUCAUGUUGGGACUGUGGAACCACAGGCACCGUCCGAGACAACCUCUUCACAUGGAUACACAACUCUCGUUAGUAGAAUUUGUUUAUCCCGAUGAGCUCGACGAGGAAUUCGACACAAUCCCAUCAUCCCGAGAUCCCGAGAUCAUACGGGUAAGAUAUGAACGGUUAAGAAACAUUGCGAGCAGAGCUCAGAAGGUGGUGGGAGACAUGGCGGCUCAAGGGGAGAGACUUCAAGCUCUGCUAAGCUGGAGAGAUCCUCGUGCUACCUCCAUUUUCAUGGCGUUCUGUUUGGUUGCGUCUGUAGCUGUUUACGCAGUCCCGUUCAAGGUGUUCGUCCUUCUGGCCGGGUUUUAUGUCAUGAGGCAUCCCAGAUUCCGACGACAAAUGCCUUCAGAGCCCAUCAACUUCUUCCGCCGGCUUCCGACCAAGACGGACUGCAUGUUGUAGAAUCCAACUAGAAGAAAAAACACAGUUGCUUCUUUCUACUAACCUAAAUUGUGCUUCUUCGACAUUUUUUCUCGCUGAAAUCACCCAAAGGUGGAACCACCUCGAUCGCAAUCAAACCCUAGAAUUUCAAUC